AUGGUCAAAGGAGAUGGGUUUGGUUGUAUAGUAACCUCGCUGGAAGAGUUCAUAUUCAGGGUUUGGGAGUGCUCGAUUGACGUUUGUUUAUGGUCCAGAAUCGUUGCUGGUGCUGAUACCGGUCGUUGGUUUGAGGAAAAGGAGAUGAGGAGGUCGCUGCAGAUGCCAAAACUCUUCAGUCUUCCAGUUAAGCAUAUUGUCAAAGAGGUGUGUUUGAUUGUUUAUGUUCCAAAGGUUUUUGCUGGUGCUGACGCCGGUCGUUGUUUUGAGGAAAGAAUGAUGCAGAAGAUAUGUAAUUUCUUGGUGAUAAUAAAUUUUCAGAAUUCGGGACACUUUUAA